AGUUUUCGGCGGCUGCACAGCACGCAUGUCGGCCCACAUUUCGGAGCCAUCGAACGACCCGAAGCUCUCCGUCUUUGCGUCAAUCGCGUGAGCUGAAGGACCAAUCGUCUCUGUCCUAUUCCGCUCACUCUCCUAGCCCUCAAAGCAGCUUCAUCUCAACAGGCACUAGUACAAUAUUUAUAUAGGAGUGCCACAGACGAGACAGCCUGAAAGCAACAUCAAAAGAGACUGACCCUCGAUGCCCCCGACGCACGUCGCCAUCCUCGGCGGCGGCCUCACGGGCCUCUCUUCCGCGUUCCACCUCUCGAGAAGGUUCCCCAAGGCACGCAUCACGCUCCUUGAGAGGCAGCCUCGGCUGGGCGGAUGGGUGCGCAGCGAGCGCGUGCCGGUGCGCGUACCGAUCGCAGCGGUCGAAGGAGGAGCAGGGCGGACGGAGGAGGCAAGUGUGCUGCUGGAGGCGGGUCCGAGGACGUUGAGGCCGAAUGCGUUGGCUGUGCUUGAGCUGGUCAAUCUCCUCAACCUGACCCCUUCCCUCAUCACCGUCCCUCGUACCGCACCCGCCGCCCGGAACCGUUUCCUGCACAUUCCAGGCACUCGAGGACUGGAGCUCAUUCCGGCCUCCCUCCCCGCCCUCCUCGCUUCUCCCCUCGGACGGCUUCUCAUACGUGCAAUCGUGAAGGACGCAGUGGGCAGCACAUACAAGGCUGUCGGUACCCACAGCACAGAAUCGACGGACGAUGACGAGUCUCUGGAGAGUUUUCUCAUGCGCCACUUUGGCGGGGAGUUUGCGCGGACGUUGGGCAGCGCGCUCGUGCAUGGGGUGUAUGCGGCGGAUGCGCGGGAGCUGAGUGUAAAGGCUGCAUUUCCUUCGCUGCUCGAGAUGGAACGGCAAGGAAGAGGGAGCGUCGUUCGAGGAGCGAUCAGGAGCGCGUUUGGCUCGACUGACUCGGGGAAGAAGGUGAGAUCGAGGGAGGAAGACCCUACACUGAAGGAAUACUACGAUGUGGGCGCGGUGCCAUAUCUCAUGAACGGCGUGAGCGUGUUCUCGUUCAGAAACGGGAUGGAGACGAUGGUGCGGGCGCUGGAGAACUCGUUCUGGAAUAAAGGCAACGUGAAAAUCGUGAAAGGCGACGGUGCGGCUCGCUUAAGUAAGAUAGGCGAUAAUUUCGAGAUCACAACAGCCUCCGGGCGUGUACAUUCAGUUUCCCAUCUGGUAUCUUCCAUUCCUCUGCCCUCUCUAUAUUCUUUGCUCGAGACAUCGGCGUCAUCAUUACCGUCUACGUCAGCCCUAUCCAUACCCCCGCAUCUCACAGCCUCUCCCUCGUCCUCUGUCACUGUCGUCAACCUCAUCUUUCCCGUUGUCUUUUCGCGACCGCUGUAUCCACCAGGGUUCGGCUACCUCAUCCCGCGACCUCCACCUCCAUACGACUACUCACGAGGUAACGAACUAGGCAUCCUCGGAACAGUCUUCGACUCCUCCUCGCUUGCAGAGCAGGAUCGCGGCCCCGCAGCAGACAAGGUGAAGAAAGUGACCGUCAUACUCGGCAGGCCGUACUCAGCGUCCGCAGCGAACCUCCAAUCACCCACGUUCAUCGACCGACUGCUGCACCAACUCGCGGUGCACUUGGCUCCGAACCAGGAUGGUGAGAUCAGGCCGCUGCCGAAACCGCUUUUCGUAAGGAUACACCAGCAUGCGGGAUGCAUACCGGCGCCGACGGUGGGGCAUGAGCGAAGAAUGGAGGAGAUGCGUGCGGCGGUAAGGGAGCACUGGGGAGAGAGGGCGGAGAUUGUGGGUGCAGGUGUGGGCGGCGUGAGUGUGGGGGCUUGUGUGGAGAUGGGAAGGAAUGUAGGAAAAGAGUGGUAGUACCUGUUCAUCACGAAUGGCGACCUGUUGUGCGUCGAGACUUGUGUUGGGGAAUAUUGAUCCUGAACGCUGCCACACAUACCUGUAGCUCAUAGAUGACAC